GUUGGCUUGUGGUGAAGUUCUUAGGGUCUAUAACUCAAAUAGAGCGCCGCCGCCGCCGCCAAGUCUUUAGGUUAAGCAACGCUAUACCGCAGCCGUCAAGACAAGUAUCAAUAUUCAAUAGGACGCAAACCUUUGCUUAUAGAAUUGCUUUACUCUUUGCUAAUUGUAGUUAAAAAGGGGGAGGCACGUAAAAAUGCCGACCUACAACCUUAAAGCGAUUGGCGUGGUGCCGGGAGCUAAGGACUUCAUUGACAUUGUCUUGUCUAAGACUCAGCGAGGGACACCGACGGUUGUGCACAAUGGCUGGGCUAUCCAGCGCAUCCGCCAGUUCUACAUGCGCAAGGUCAAGUUUACGCAGCAGAACUGGAACGAGAAGUUGUCCCAAAUUCUGGACGAGUUCCCAAAGGUGGAAGACAUCCACCCAUUUUACGCGGACUUGCUGAACGUGCUGUAUGACAAGGACCAUUACAAGCUGGCGUUGGGCCAGCUGAACACGGCCCGCAACCUGCUGGACCGCGUUGCUCAAGACUACGUCCGCCUGCUCAAGUACGGCGACUCGCUGUACCGCUGCAAGGAGCUGAAGCGCGCAGCACUGGGCCGCAUGUGCACCCUCAUGAAGCGCCAGGGCCCCUCGCUGGCCUACCUGGAGCAGGUGCGGCAGCACAUGAGCCGCCUGCCCGCCAUCGACCCCAACACGCGCACGCUGCUGCUGUGCGGUUACCCCAACGUGGGCAAGAGCAGCAUGAUGAACAAGCUCACGCGCGCCGAGGUGGAGGUGCAGCCCUACGCCUUCACAACCAAGUCGCUCUACGUGGGUCACACCGACUACAAGUACCUCCGCUGGCAGGUGAUCGACACGCCCGGCAUCCUGGACCGCCCGCUGGAGGAGCGCAACACCAUCGAGAUGCAGUCCAUCACCGCACUGGCGCACCUGCGCGCCGCCGUGCUGUACCUGGUGGACGUGAGCGAGCGGUGCGGCUACAGCAUGGCGCAGCAGGCGGCGCUCUUCCACUCCAUCAAGCCGCUGUUCGCCAACAAGCCGGUGCUCAUUGUGGCCAACAAGAUUGAUGUGCGGAAGAUGGAGGACCUGUCCGCGGAGGACAAGCAGCUGCUGGACGGCAUGGUGGAGGAGGCCAAGCGGAUCAGCAACGGAGGUGCCGCUGCGGUGGCGGGUGACGCGGGCGACGAGGAGGUGCUGCUGGCCAUGUCCACUCUGAGCGACGAGGGGGUCAUGGAGGUCAAGCAGGCCGCUUGUGACCGGCUGCUCAACUUCCGCGUGGAGAUGAAGGUGGCGGGCAAGCGCAUCUCGGAUGUCCUAAACAAGAUCCACGUGGCUCAGCCCAAGCCGCGCCAGGGGGUGGCUGCGGGCAGCCGGCCGCCCGUCAUCCCGGCGGGGGUGGCGGAGGCGCGCGCUCGGCGGGCUGGCGGCGAGGUGAAGAAGACGGAGCGCGACCUGCAGGAGGAGAACGGAGGAGCGGGCGUCUACUCCGCCGACCUGCGCAAGGUGUACCAGCUUGCCAACCCCGAGUGGAAGUACGACAUCAUGCCGGAGAUCAUGGACGGCCACAACGUGCUGGACUUCGUGGACCCCGACAUUGAGGCCAAGCUGGCGGAGCUGGAGCGCGAGGAGGCGGAGCUGGAGGCGGCGGCGGAGGCGGCGGGCGGCGGGGAGGACAUGGAGGACGAGGACGAGGAGGGACUGACGGAGGAGCAGGCGGCGGACCUGAAGGCCAUCCGAGCCAGGAAGAAGGUCCUCAUCAGCGAGCACCGCUCCAAGAAGAACUCGCACCGCAACCAGGCGGUCAUGCCCGCCAAGCUGGCCAACGCGCGCGGCCGCACCUCGGACGCCAUGCAGCGCAGCCUGGGCGCGCUGGGCAUCGACGCCAGCAAGGCGGCGGAGCGCGCACGCAGCCAGAGCCGCGGCCGCAAGCGCGAGCGCAGUGCCAGCAAGGCGCCGAGCGGAGCGGACGAGGAUGUGGACAUGGAGGGGGGCGAGAAGAAGAAGCGCGUGCACAGCUCCAAGUCCAGGUCCAUGUCCCGCGGCCGCAGCCACUCCCUGGCCGAGCCGCGCGCCGGCAGCGGCCUCAAGGACGUUGCGCAGCGCAACAAGGGUAUCAAGAUGGCGGACCGCGCGCAGUGGCGCAUGAACAAGAUGGCCAAGGUGGGCGAGUCCGACCGAGUCAUCCAGACCAAGAUGCCCAAGCACCUCUUCAGCGGGAAAACGCCCGGCCACGGCACUCGCAACCGGCGGUAGUGCUGCGGUGGUUUGGGGUGUGGUUGGGUGUGGAUACGUGGGGGAAUGGGCUGUGCGUUUUUUGGGGUGGUCUGGGGUGUGGGGAUGGGGUUUCCAAACGGCUGCGAGAGCUGCAUGGGAACUGGGCGCCUGGAGGUGUGGCGUGGGGUGGGGCGCUCCUGCAGAUGCUGCGGUACUUGCGCUGGACGUGCUAUGGGACGAAGGUUAGUGUGGGUUCGCUACAAUGGGCGAUCGCACAACAGCUGUGGCUUUGUUGCGCUGUCGGGCUCCGGAUGAUGAGGCUGUUAGGUAAAGGUUUGAUGUUUUUUGAGAAGAGGCUGCUGUUGGGGUGAGACAGGCUUGGUUGACCAAGGUAGCCGGGACGCUGUUUGUUGUGCGCGUCCUCGGUGUGCCGCACCACGCUCGUCUCUUUUGACUCCCUCCCGUUUACGUAUUGUAUAUUUAGGAACUUACCAUGUGAUCAGAUGCUUGCAAAGUCGCGUUCCUGGCAGUUAGGACAUAGCACAAUUAGGGCUUUAAGUUGACGGGAGGCAAGGGAGUAUGGUUGCUGAUGUCGGUGCUAGGCGGUGAGACAGUGAGACGCUACAUAGGCUUACGAGGAAUGAAUGUAAUGUGGUAUUUGGACAAACGAAUGUGGUGGAGGGCCGCUGCUAGGACGGUAGAUGCUUUGUACUGCUGCCGGUUGCAUACGUACAUCUGUUUUCGCUUGUGUGGUGUCUUGGAGACUUCUUCAGCUUGGGUUCUGGUCAUGGGUUGUGUACCAGUAAGAAGACCCAUCGGCACAAGUCACGUAUGCAGGCUGAUACGCCUUGCCUUUCCGCGGUGUUUAUAUUUAGCCCGCUGUUCUUAGUUUGCAGUGUUAUCCGUAUUCCACGCCGUGACAUUGUAACACUU